UUACAGGUUGCCUGGCUUUCCAUAAAGUUCGCUAUGCAUAUGCCUCUGAAGUUGAACUUCAGUAUCAUUUUCAUUCCAUUCCAAUCGGCGUAUACUUUAUGUAAAGUCUCGCCUUUCUCGCAGAGCCUCCUGUUUUUCAUGGGCGCUCCUCAUGAGUCAUGUACCCAAAUUUCCUCGCGGAAGUUGGAAGAAGAUAGCACGCCAGUGAUGAACGGCAAGGUCUCGUACAACAUCAUGAUCAUCCAGGACGGCGUCGACCAUGUUCUUUUCGACGUUGUAAAGAAGCCACUGGGCAAAGCUAACCAAGGACUCGUUCUUAGCCUUCGUACCCUACGACCCAUGAAAAAUAUGCUCAGGCCACAAAUCGGUAAGGAUCAUGGAUUCCCGGGCGUUUUGACCUAGAGUUUGUGAGGUUCGGAGCAUGGUGGGCUGUGCAAUUUCGCCAAUUGUAUCGCUGGAUUUUGGGAUGAAGAUUUGCAAAGAUAGAGGUUGUUGGUGUAUAACAAUGAUCUGGUGUGAUCUUUCCUGAGCUGUCUGCUGAUAUCCGUCGUAGUGGACAAUAAGCUCAGGCAGCUAGCACCCAUAUAUUCUUAUUUUUCAUCCU